GUUUGGUCGGCGAUUAGUCUCAAAAGCUGCUCACUUUCUCUAUAAAGAAGCAAAAAGCUCCCACCUUUUCCAUGGCUUCUUCUUCUUGUUUCCUCCGUCAGAUUCUCUUCUCUCAAGUACCCACCAACCUUCAACCUCCUUCAAAUCCUCUAGCACUUUCCUUCCCGAAGAAUCUAACUUGUUCGAUCGGAAGUAAAUCAAUCAAGAGAUUAGCUUUUAGUCGGAGAAAGGCAUCGGAGACGAGAAGCAUGUCUACGACGACGGCGACGAAAGAAGAGAAUAAAAAAGUGGAGAUCUUUGACACGGAGGAGAACUUAGCUGCUGAGUUAGCCAAAUACACAUCCCAUCUCUCCGACAAGUACUGCAAAGAGAGGGGAGCUUUCACCGUCGUCGUCUCCGGCGGCUCCUUAAUCAGAUCGCUCCGGAAGCUAGUAGAGGUUGAUUCGAUAGAUUGGUCAAAGUGGCAUUUUUUCUGGGUGGACGAGAGAGUUGUCCCCAAGCACCAUGAAGACAGCAACUACAAACUUGCUUACGAUGCCUUCCUCUCCAAGGUUCCCAUCCCUCCUGGAAACGUAUACGCAAUCAAUGAUUCUCUUUCGGCCGAGGCUGCAGCGGAGGAUUACGAGACGUGUCUGAAGCAUUUGGUCAAGACCGGUGUCCUCCGUGUGUCUGAAUCAACCGGGUUUCCGAAGUUUGAUCUCGUGCUUCUUGGUAUGGGACCUGAUGGCCACGUGGCGUCUCUGUUUCCAGGGCAUGGUCUGUGUGAUGAGAAGAAGAGAUGGGUGGAUUCUAUCACUGACUCUCCGAAGCCACCGUCUGAGAGAAUCACGUUCACGUUUCCGGUUAUUAACUCCUCUGCGCAUGUAGGUUUAGUGGUUUGCGGUUCUGGGAAGGCAGAAGCUGUGGAGGCGGCUCUGAAGAAGACUGGGAGUGUACCUGCGGGUUGUGUUUCCGCUGAAGACGAGCUGGUUUGGUUUCUUGAUAAACCAGCUUGUUCCAAGCUCUAAUAACCGGGUUUUGGAACUUGGCGGUGUGAGUGGACUAGUCCGGCUUGCUUUUUGGUUUGUUGGGUCUGGUUCUCUCCAUUUGGGUUCUGGGAGAGAGGUUGUGUUGUAAUAAAAGCAGAGAAUAAGAGAGGGUUGAAUGCAACCUAGUCAAUGGUUUCUUUGCAUUUGUUUGGUUGAAUGCAACAAAACAAAAGAUAUUUUCUUCUAAAUUUAAACAAUGUAUCAUCAGUAUUUAACUAUAAGUUUGGUACCAAAAAGAA